AUGGAGUCCAAGGAGAUCACGCCUCGUCCCAGUCGCUUCAUCAAAUUCACUCUCGGGACCCUCGUGACCAUCCAAUGUCUCCUCAAUAUUGUACUCUUCGUGGUCUCGUGCAUGGCCUGGUCGGCCCUGCGGAGGCGGGCCAGGGAGUCAAGCUGCAACCUCUUGGCCAACCUUGAUUGCGGUCUCGCCCGCUGGGCCCUCUACAGCCUCAUCGCCGCCGCCGCCCUUGUCUGCGCCAUCAUCUUGGGUGUCGUGGCGGUCAGAACGUGGCUGGGCACCAAAGGCGCCUCCGUCGACACCCUGUACGUCUUUCGCGGUGUUAUCUUCACUGUGCUCACCUUGGCACCUUUCAUUUACUUCGGCUGGUCGAACCUGCAAAUCGUCCUGCAUGAUCAGAGUCAGUUCCAUGAUCAGAGUCAGUUCCUCGACACCAUCACUGGGGUAGCUGCUUGCGUAGCCGGAAAAUGCGACCUCGACCAGAUCGCCGAGAUCCUCGGCUGCUCACCAGAAGAUGACUGCUUUCCUGGCAGCAUGGACUUGAGAGGCAGCUUCCGUGGUAUUGGCGGCGCCUUCAUUCUCGAGAUUCUGGACAGCAGCUUCACAAGCGCAAGGGUUGCCUUCGGCUUGAUCCAUUUCAACGUAAUAUUUGGCACCUUCGUUGCCGGCAUCUCGGCAGCCUUGGCCCCGGUAACUGGCGUUCCCAUCGGGGCUCAGGCGUUGACUGGGACGGCCUAA